AUAUAACGAUUCUGAUCAAUUAUUAUUUUGUAUCCGCUAUUGUGAAUAAAGUCCUUUCCUCUGAUGAAUCAGUUGUUAACACCCGCAUGACGUUACUUUUCCAGCUGUUUAUAAAAUACAUAAAUACGGACGUUAAUGGCUGGAUGCUAAGCAAUAUAUCCAGAGUAUAAACAUAACUGCACACGCACGGUGUACACAACAGACAGCUACACACAGUACACACAAGGUACACACAAGGUACACACGGAGCACCAGAAGCUGGUAAUGUUUAAAGAAGAUUCAUUUGUCAGCGUUAAUGAGAGUCUGUUAGCUCCUGGGGCUAACCUGUUAGCCUGUGUGUGUUGACAGAACUAAUAAAGUUAAUUGAAGGCGUGUUUGUGUGCAGAUGAUGAAGAGUAAAGCUGAUGAGGAGGAGUACUGGCACGGGUCCAAGUUCAAGGCCUUCACCUUCGACGAUGAAGACGACGAGUUCAGCCAGCUGAAGCAGUCCAAGCAGGCAGUGAACAGCAUCAGGGGUCUGGUGGAGGAAGACGACGAUGAAGACGACGUGGAGAAGGUCAGCUGGAGCGGAGAGCCCGUCGGCAGUAUCUCCUGGUCCGUCAAGGAGACGGCUGCGUCCAGUCAGAGGGCAGACAAGGAGGCCACCUUCCCCAGAGUCAGCACUGACACGCCCUCAAUCAACAAGAGCCAAUCAGGACUCUCCCUGAGCUCUCUGUUCAAGGGAAAGACGAGAGUAGGAAACUUCCAGAACUUUUCUGAAGCCGUCAGCGACUCGUCUGUCAGGCUUUACGCUCCCGAGCUCCGAAAGCCCAAGUCAGAGUACAAGGAUUACGUGGGUGAUUGGUCGCCCGAGGAGACGGUGCAGCGACUGCAGCAGGGCAAGGGCGUGUCUCUGGAGAAGUUCCGCUCUCUGCAGGACAAACUGCUGCUGCUGGAUUUCGCUGUUGCUGCUCACGACGGAAACGUCAUCACUGCCGUUCUCAUCUAUUUAAAGAGGACGCUGAGUAAAGAGGUUUUGUUUCGGGAGCUGGAAUCCAGACAGAUAGCCCUGAGACAUUUCAUCCACUACCUGACCGAGACCAGAGAACAGAGGCUGCUGCUGGAGCUGCUCAAGGCGUUGGGAAGGACGGAGGACAUGGCGCUGCUUCAGUAUAAAGAACACCAGAGCAUCACUGAUGAAAACAAGAGGCGGGAUUUCCUGAAGACCUGCGUCAGCUUCCCGUUUUCUGCCGAGGAUGCGCCUCACGUUCAGGACCACUACACUCUGCUGGAGAGGCAGAUCAUCAUCGAGGCAACAGACCGGCAGGCGGAGCGUGGAGGAAAGAUGGAGAUCUUCCAGAAGUUUCCAAGAAAAGCUUCAAUCCUCAACAUGCCGCUGAUCACCACCCUGUACUACUGCUGCUUCUACCACUACCCUGAACCUGAGGGAACCUACAGCAGUCCGCUGAACGUCCGUCAGACCUUCAGGAUCUCGGAGAAGCAGUACUUCACGGCGGCGCUGGCGGCCAGGGCCAAGCAGAAGGCGUGGCUGGACGUGGACGCUCUGUUCACCAGCAGGAACUGGCUGGGCUUCACCAAGAAGAGGUCCCCACUGAACUUCCAGAGAGUCGUGGACAUCCUGCAGAAGAACUCCGCCCCCACACAGGUGCUGCAGGACUACGUGGGACUCAUCGACGACGCAGAGACCAGGAUCAGCUUGGCGCAGAAACACAAAUGCCACGACAUCGUCAUCAAUACCUACAGAGACAUGAAGGACCGGCAGCUGUUGCUAGGAUACCGGGGGAAGGUGGAGAGGGGCUCGGCAGAGGCGAGGAAGAUCGAGGAGCUGCUCAGCAACCCGCAAAUUCGGUGGAAAAACUGAGAUCAUGCAGCUUCAUAGACUUUUAUUUUGAAAGGAAGGCUUCAGCGUCCUGUUCGGCACAGGCUGUCCAUCACCAUGACGAUGGGGACAACCAUUUAGCUGGCAUCAGCUCCAGUGUCAGUGGCCAUCCAGGAGAGCCUUUGACUCCUCCCACGGAGCAAAGAGGAGGUGGAGCUUGUUUUUCUGCUGAGUCAUCUCCAUGCUCCUCAAAUCCUUUUCUGCAAAAAAUAAAAAGUUAACAGCAGAAAAUGUGACCUGAAGGAAGAAGCUGAUCUUUAAAUAUUUCCCUGUGUGAAGUAGGACAGGUGAGGAAAGCUCACCUGGGUCAUCCUGAGUUGCUCCUUCAAAUGUAAAUAUGACUCAAUCAGUCUACAAUAAAGAUGAAAAUGAUUAGUUCUCAAUGAACUGUGGGACAUUUCAAUUAGAAUAAAUAUUUAAGUUUUCUUUGUACAAAAAUGUAGUGAAAAUGUAGGUGGUUAAAAUUGUUUGAAGCCAA